AUGGCUGACAACGCUCCCGCCACUUCGGAGCCAUCAGGACGGGGUCGUGGUGGUCGCCGCCGCGGCCGCGGAGGGGCUCCCCCGUCCGGCCAGACAGAUGGCCCACGCAACGCAGGGGGCGCCGCUAGCAGAGGUUCCAAGCCUCGCGGUCGAGGAGGCAAGGGCGCUGGAGGUCGUGAUACAUCACAGACGGUGAAUGGGUCUCAGGAUAAAGAUACAAAGGCCGCACCAGCUUCAACUGCGACGGUUGGUCCAAAGGCUCUCCCGGCUGCCACCGACGACGCCGACGACGGCGAGGUUUGCUUCAUUUGUGCCUCGAAGGUCGAACAUACCUCUGUGUCUCCAUGCAAUCACCGGACCUGCCAUAUUUGUGCGCUGAGACUACGUGCGCUAUACAAAAACAAGGGUUGUGCGCAUUGUCGGACCGAGUCAAGUUUUGUUAUCUUUACCGACGACCCAGUCCGACGAUUCGAAGACUUCGAGAAAAAAGAUUUUGCUAGGACGGAUGACAACCUCGGGGUUUUGUAUGAAAAAGAUGAAAUUUUUGAGGACACCGUCUUGUUGCUCCGCUACAACUGCCCCGAUGAGGAUUGUGAUGUCGCCUGCUUGGGUUGGCCGGAUUUACAUCGCCACGUGAAGAGCAAGCAUAACAAGGUUAUUGACCUUUGCACGCGGAACAAAAAAGUGUUCACCCACGAGCAUGUCCUCUUCACGAGAGACGAAUUGCGCAAACACGAAAAGCACGGCGACGACAAACCAGGCGCGAUCAACCAGAGUGGAUUCAAGGGACACCCGGAGUGUGGCUUCUGCCGCCAGCGAUUCUAUGGCGAUGAUGAGCUUUACGCCCACUGUCGAGAGCGUCACGAACGCUGUCACAUUUGUGACCGACGCAGUUCCAACCGCCAGCAACAAUACUAUGUCGAUUAUAAUGCCCUUGAAGACCACUUUCAGCGGGACCACUUUGUGUGCCUCGACAAGGAGUGUCUGGAGAAGAAAUUCGUGGUAUUCGAGUCUCAGAUGGAUCUCAAGGGACACCAAAUAGAGGCACAUCCAGAUGGUGUUUCGAAGGAUAUUCGAAGAGACGCACGAUUAGUCGACCUUUCAGAGUUUGAUAAUAUGCGCAGCCCAUACCAGCCACAACGUCAACGGCGUGGUGCUGGUCGAGGACGAGACCCCAACGCUGAGCCAUUACCGGCCUCAAGUGCGCAGACAUUAUCGCGGGCUGAACUUGCCUUUCAACGACAAAUGGACAUUCAGAGCGCGCAGUCCGUUUCAACGCGUAGCUUCGGCGGCCAGCUUACUAGAAAUGACACUCAAACAGUGCAAGCACCAUCUCGGUCAGCCGGUGCUACACCAGUCCCGUCAUCCUCACGUCCUAGACCUCCAGCUGCAGAGCUUGAGAGCCUGAGCCUCGCCGCUAACCCAGAGCCUCUUGGCCCACAAGAUCAAGCCCGAAAACUGCGCCACACGGCAGUGGUUGAACGAGCUACUAGUCUUCUCCGCAACGACACGAAUAAGCUUGCCGAAUUCCGCUCCAGAGUGUCCAGUUAUCGGACCUCUGCCAUUUCAGCCACUGAGCUCAUCGACGCAUUUUUUUCUUUGUUUGACACAUCCAGCUCUGAUCUGGGUAAGCUCAUCAAGGAACUCGCCGAAAUUUAUGAGGAGGACUCCAAGCGUAUUGGUCUUUUGCAAGCUUGGAAUGAUUGGCGAGCCAUCAACGAGGACUAUCCUGCCCUUCCCGGUCCCGGUGGAAUCUUGCCUGGCAUGUCACCAGGUACCGCCAACACUGGCGGCAAUCGCGUCCUGCGUCUGAAAUCUUCCACGGCCCAGUCCUCGCGGUCCGCUGUCGGCCGGAGCGGUGCGAUGCCAUCUCCAUCCUCAAAUCCCUUCCCCCCUCUCGCUGCCUCGGCUGGCCCCUCCACUCGACGUAGCAAGCCUGCUGCCUCCACUCCAUGGGCCGCUGCUGCCCCACCACCUCUUGCCCGCCCAUCCGUCCCUAAUGGCCCCAUUGGCUCCUCUUCUUCAGGUCCAUCUGCGCCUGCGCGCGCCCCCCGUGCUGACGCCUUCCCGGCGCUCCCCGCAGCUGCUCGGCCCAACGUGAUGAUGGCCGGCAAAACGCGUGGCUACGUCCGUUGGGACGAUCGUCGUGGCCCAGCUCCCACUGCUUGGGGAUCCAACCCCUCUUCUGGCCUUGCUUCUCCUGCUGAACCGUCUGAUGGAGAUUUUGAUGAUGAAGCCGGCAACGGUGGCAAAAAGGUUAAAAAGAAGAAGGGUAAACAGACCCUUUAUCACUUCGGUUAA